AUGCACAUCCCACGGUCGGCCAACGUCCGAACAUUGUCCGUCCCGUUUGAACCACGGCCGAGCCCACGUACCGACCCGGGAAGCAACGUCCCGCGGUCAUCCAGAUCAGAACCACACAGCCAAUGUCGCGCACGACCGCACCGCGCGAGCAGGGAAGCAACGCCUCGCGGCCGUGCGGCACAACUCAUAUACCGCGGCCGUGCGGCACAACUCAUAUACCGCGGCCGAUCGCGGUGUCCGACCAGGAAGGCCUCAUCCCACGUCCGGCCUGAAACCUUCGGCCAAUCCAUCCAUCCGGCCGACCACGACGGCCGAACGCCAAAAAUCUCGGCCACGAUCGUUCCGACCGUGCCGAUAGCCGACCAUGACCCGAUAGCCGGCCGAUCGUCCCGACUGACCGUCCGAACGGUCCGGUCAACCCAAAGCCGUUUUUGA